GCCCGGCGCCGCGGAGCUGCCCGAGAGUCCCGGGCUCGGGGCUGUGUCCAGGCUGCAGCCCAGGAGCCCGGCGGCACGGUUGAUGGUCUUCUGGUCAGCAGCAUUCCGGGAAGAAGAUGGCUCAGCCGGCACCCCUGAACCAGAACCUCCCAGAUCUUGGGGGCCCGUUCUUGUAUCGGGACCAGGAUGAUGGAGAGAAGAGCUCAUAUUCUGUGGAAACCCCUUAUGGCUUCCUGCUGGACCUUGAUUUCCUGAAAUAUGUUGAUGAUAUUGAAAGUGGCCAAACACUCAAGAAAGUGCCGCUGCCUCGCAGGGCGAAAGGGUCCCGUGCGCCGCCCAGCACGCUGCGCAGCCCCAGCAGCCACACCAGCGCCUGGACCUCCACCGAGUCGCUCACCUCCACGGCCAGCGAGGAGGGCAGGACUGCGCUGCUGCUGUCCCCGCACGGCCGAGCAGCCCCGGAGCCUGCGAGCAAGCCAACCUCCCACCCCAUCUCACCACCGCCAGUGCGGCUGCUCCCGCCUCCCACCCGCAAGUGCCUCGUGCCAAACCCACGGGUGGAGAAGACCUUGCUGGAGACAAGCAGGAGGCUGGAGCAGGAGCAGGGCCGUUUGCAGGAUAUUGGUGGUCUCUCCCACGUUGGCCUGCCGGGUGCCCUGGGCCAGCCACCCCACUGGGUGCCAGUUGGCGCCGAGGGCCAGGCGGGUUGGGGCCGGGUGAGCCCCGGCAGCUCGGGGCGCAGCACUCCCGCUGCAGGGCUCGGCACGGCCCCGCUGCAGCACGUGCGGGAGCAGAUGGCUGCAGCCCUGCGGCAGCUCCGGGACCUGGAGGAGCAGGUGAAAACCAUCCCCCUCCUGGAGAUGCAGAUCUGCGAGCUGAAGAGGGAGAAGGCAAAGUUGCUGGAGAAGCUGUCGGCGGAGCCUGGCGAGGCAUUGUAUCACCCCUGUGGCUCUGAGGCAGGGGCAGGGGGUGAGGAGGGGCCCCGUACAGGGCCAGAGAGUGAAGCAGAGCCAGUGAAGGGGCGAACGAGCAAAAUUGCAGAGCUGAGGAAGCUGACAGAGAAGCUGGCCGUGCCGGAGCGGAACGCCAGGGCUUGGCCAGGCAAGAGCCCCAGGGUGGCAGAGCGGCCGUGCCGCUCCGUGGCGGUGGGGGAGGACCGGGCCAUGACAGAUGCCGUCUUCUACUACCGCUCGCGGCAGGAGAGUGGGGACGCGCCAGACAGCGGCACACGGGGACGCAGGGACGUGGCUGUCUGGGUGAUAGAGUCCUCGCUGGGGCUGGCCACUGAGGCAGAGCGGGAGCUGGAGCUGCUGCAGCAGACGGUAGGGCACCAGAAGGAGGUGAUCACCCUGAUGGAGGGGCACCUGCAGGAGGCCACACGGGAGCUGGAGGAGCUGCGGCUGGAGGUGUGCGCCCGCCGGCCCCGCGGGCAGGUGGACAAGGAGGUGAUGGCCGUGCCACAGGUGGCCGAGGCACUGGUGGAAGCUGUGGUAGUGACACAGAGCCGGGCAGCUGGUGACCCCCCAAAGACAGCGGAGGCAGGUGUGGAGUGCUGCCCCCCAACCUCCUGUGUCGCUGUGGGCUGCCGCCCCGACGGGCGCGACGUGGCAGUCGGACCCGAUUCAGCUGCCAGCUGCGAUGACAAGGGCAGCCAGACAGAUGUGGGCAGCGUUGUCCUGGCAGGAGAGGAGAAGGAGCCCGGUGCAGGUGAGGUGAUGGAGCCUGGCCGGGGUGAUGGCCUGAGCAGCCCCUCGGUGCCAGGUGCAGGAGCAGCGGCAGGGACGUGCCCAGAGAGCCAAGGCCCUGGGCCCGCUGUGCUGGAGACAACAGACAGCAACCGGGACCCAGCCCCAGCACAGGACAGCGGAGCUGCCCCAAGCCCUGCAGCCGGAGCCCUGAAGUCCAUCAUGAAGAAGCGGGAUGGUCCUCCCCGGAGCGAGGCAGAGGGCAGCAAGAAGAGCCUGCAGUUUGUGGGGGUGCUGAACGGGGAGUAUGAGAGCACAUCCAGUGAGGAGGAUGAAGAAGGCAACAGCUCCUCUGAGAAGGCUUCGGCUGACAGCUCCAACAGUUCAGAGCAGGGAGACACCGAAACCUCAGAAGAGGAGGCAGGAGAAGGCACCUGUGAGCCCAGACUGGAGUGCAAGGGGACUGAUGUAACCCUGCUGGAGCCCCCUGAGGUGAAGGAAAAGUUCGAGCUGAGCCCCAGGAUGAGGGAGGCCUGCCUCAUUGUCAAGACCCACCUGGGCCACCCGGGUGCUGUCAAGAGCAAAGAGGUGCUUGCCAGCAGCAGCCUGGUCCUUCAGGAGUGGUUCCGUCUGUCCAGCCAAAAGUCGUCCAUCCCUGACACGGUUGCCAACCACCUCCUGGCCUUUGCUGAGCUCUCGCCGGCUCUCCUGGCCCACGUGGUGAACCUGGCAGACGGGAAUGGCAACACAGCCCUGCACUACAGUGUCUCCCACUCCAACUUCCACAUCGUGUCGCUGCUGCUGGAUACGGGGAUCUGCAACGUGGACCACCAGAACAAAGCUGGGUACACUGCCCUGAUGCUGGCAGCACUGGCAGCUGUUGAGCAGGAGGAGGACAUGAAUGUGGUCAGGAGGCUUUUCAGCAUGGGCAACGUCAACGCCAAGGCCAGCCAGGCUGGCCAGACGGCGCUGAUGCUGGCUGUGAGCCACGGGCGGCAGGAGAUGGUGGGAGCCCUGCUGGCCUGCGGGGCCGACGUGAACCUGCAGGACGAGGAGGGCUCCACGGCGCUCAUGUGUGCCUGCGAGCACGGCCGCCUGGAGACCGUGAGGCUGCUGCUGGCCCAGCCCACCUGCAACGUCUCCAUCGUGGACAGUGACGGUAACAAUGCUGUUGCCAUCGCGCUGGAGGCCGGUCACGGUGACAUCGCUGCGCUCCUCCACGCCCACCUCACCGGCACCAAGCAGGGGACUUCACCAACAACCACAAAGAGCCCUGGGAGUCCGAAGAAACCAAAUUAGAGUGACCUUGGGAUCCAGCCAGGGGCCACCACCAGCACUGGGCUGUGAUUCACAUCCCCCACCUGCCACCUCUGUGUGCCAAACUGCUCUCUGCAGCUUCACUCCUGCCACAAGCACCGUCCCCGCGCCUCCCUCACCCAUCUCCCACACGUGGCCACCUCACCACCAAGUCACCAGAGCCAAGUGACCUCGGGGCAGGACAUGCAGGCAGCAGAAGCCACCCCAUCCCCUGUGCUCCCUGCCACGACCACUGGAGCUGUGCCACCUCUGCAAGGAGGAACAGCAGAGACAGCACCUGGUUUGUGCUCUGGCAGCUCUGAGAAGGCAGCAGUGGCAGUGACACAGCGCCAGGAGGGCAAGUGACAGGUCCUGGCCCCAGCAGGGACACUGUGCUCUGCAGGCACAUCUGUACAGCAAUGGGAGAGGGAAUGCUGCCUUGGACAGGGGCUGGGAGUAUUUCCAGACUCAUAUACUUGCCCUUCUUUUCUGACAUUUCCUUUCCUGGCUGAAAUCUGAUUUUUUUUCCUCUUUUCAAGCACGUGCAUACAAAGAAAAAAAAUAUAUUGCUUGGCCAAGGGAUGAAGUUUAACAUGAAAUCACUGGGGAGUUGAUUUGCUCAAUGGGAGCCAAACCUCUGAGCAGUCAGGGUUGCAGCCAAGUGACAAAAUGGGCUGAGGAUGCAUUUGGGGACUAAAUCUGCCUAUCUUAUAACCCACAAGGGGAGCAGGUCCUUCUCCCAAGGAAGAGAAACCAAUUACCUACUAAACAUUUCCCUAAUUAGCCAGUCCCACAGACUGUGCAGACAGCCAGAGCCUACAGCAAAGUUCCUCUGCCCACUUUCCAUCCCAAAAGGGAG